UCUGUAUCGAUGGUCUUAUAGGACGUGAUCAUAUUUGUAGUGAGAAUUUUCUAUUUGCAAAAGCAUCCACUGAUGUGGCAAUUCCCGACGACACAUUUGAGGACAUAUUUAAAAACUUUGGGUUUUAUUCGAUUCAGUAUAUCAAAGUUUUUGGUAAAAUUGUUAGGCCGGCAUUAUGCGGAAGCUCCGUUCACGUGACCUUAUCUCUACCUACGUUAAGGCAGAGAUAG